AGGUGUGAAAAUGUUUUUUCUGGGAAAAGUAAAAAAUGGAUCACUAGUUUGGCAUUUGCUAAACAGUUGAAUUCAUCCUUGGAAACAGUCAAUAUACCUUUAAUGAAUGACUUAGAGAUAUUGCAUGUGACAUUAUAUUUUAUGAUAGCCAAAAUAGCCACAGAUAUAUUAAACAAUGAAGCAGAAGAUCUGUAUUUUAGGAUACAUCCUGCAACUUUAGAAAUAAUGAAAUAUUUGUUAACAGCUAAAGAUACCUUUGAAUGCUUAAAGCCACAAAAUUAUAAAAAAACUAUAUUGAAAGAUAUCCUUUUGCCCUCCACAUUGCAUUUAUUUUCAUCUGGUUGUCUUCUUGUUUGUCUUCACUUCUGGAAAUGCCACACCUUUCAAAUUAUUCAAGACAAUAAUAAAUGUGCGUCAUUGAUAAUAGUCAUACUUGCAAAUUUGAAUGACUUCCUAAAAGUGACAGAUUAUUUUUAUGGCACAAAUUCUGCUAAUGAUGAUGAAAACAUCCGUAUCAAUGAUUUACAUUUUGUUGUUAAGCUAACUAAUGAUGUUAAAUCCAUUGUUUCCACACUUCCUUCUUCUGUAACAAAACUAAUUCCUAAGGAUGUGAUGUAUCAAUAUGAAUUGGAUCUUGCAUAUAAAUGAUGGAAAUUAUAUCAUAAGUAAAAAUAAUUUGUAUAAAAAUUGUAUAAAUUAAUCAAACUUGUAUUUUAUUUUUAAUAUAUUGUAAAUAAUAUCUGAAAGAAAUCUAUAUACAAAACUGAUAAAUUAAUAGUUAUUUAGCAAAAUUAUAUCAGAAUUUGUUUCAAUAAAACUCCAAAAUAUCAGAUGACCUUAUUAGUAGAUAAAAAAAAAUUCCUAUGGUAGUUGCUAAUCAAUUUAAAUACAUAAAACUAUAAAGUGCAAUAAAAUACACAACAAACCACUUUAAUGGAUUUGGAAGCUACAGUAUAAAAUGGUUAGAAAUACAUUAGGAGAAAUAUACAUUAUUGAUAUAACACAUUGCUUUAUAUUUCCUGCAAAUGCUAAGCAAUUUUACUAUUACAAUGUAGUGCACUUUGCUCCAAUUCCUUCCAAAGACACAAGAUUGCACCCAGUUUUAACAUACUGGAGCUUGCCAAUAUUUUCAUAUUGCCAGAUUGCCAGAUUGCCUGACUGGAAGAGGAAGGUUACCCUCAACAGGAGGACACUAGGGGUUAGAUAUACUAUAUAAGGCAAUCCUACAUUUAAACAAAAUUUUUUCUUCUUCAUGCAAGUAGAAAAAUACUCAAUGAGGUAUGAAAAAACAAAAGAAUCCUUUCCACUUUCUCUUACAAAUGAAGUGAAAUAAUAAAGGAAUGGACUAUCUUGAAACAGAAAGUAUGAACAUUCACAUUUCAUUGGGGAUACUAAGGCAGGUUAAUUUUGAAUGAUUU